AUUUGGCAGGGAGCGGAGUAGAGGAGAAGUAUUUCCUAGAUACCGACAGCCGCGCGUGUAGUGUUUCAGAUUCAGCACUGACCGAAAGGAAAGCGCACGGAUUUAGGCGUUCCAAGGGAAGAUAUUGAGAAGGCUAUCUGUUUGGAAAUACACAAUUAAUCACAGUCUACAUUAUACGUAUUUUAUUGGAGUGAAAGAACUGUCAUUUUAAUAAGGAACCAUGACGACCGCUACUUCUCCCAUCCUGCUGAAAUGGGACCCCAAGAGCCUGGAGAUCCGCACCCUGACAGUGGAGAGGCUACUGGAGCCCCUGGUCACACAGGUGACCACCCUGGUGAACACCAGCAACAAGGGUCCGUCCAGUAAGAAGAAGGGGCGCUCCAAGAAGGCACACGUCCUGGCCGUGUCUGUGGAGCAGGCCACUCAGAACUUCCUGGAGAAGGGCGAGCAGAUCGCCAAGGACAGCCACGACCUGAAGGAGGAGCUCAUCGCCGCCGUGGAGGACGUCCGCAAGCAAGGGGAGACGAUGCGCGUGGCGUCCUCCGAGUUUGCGGACGACCCGUGCUCGUCUGUGAAGCGUGGCACCAUGGUGAGGGCGGCCCGCGCCCUACUCUCCGCCGUCACCCGCCUGCUCAUCCUGGCCGACAUGGCCGACGUCAUGAGGCUGCUGGCCCACCUCAAGAUCGUUGAGGAGGCCCUUGAGGGAGUGAAGAAUGCCACCAAUGAGCAGGACCUGGCCAAUCGCUUCAAGGAGUUUGGCAAGGAGAUGGUGAAGCUCAACUAUGUGGCAGCCCGCAGACAGCAGGAGCUGAAAGACCCCCAGUGCCGUGACGAGAUGGCGGCAGCUCGUGGCGCCCUGAAGAAGAACGCCACCAUGCUCUACACGGCUUCCCAGGCCUUCCUGCGCCACCCCGACGUGGCGGCGACGCGCGCCAACCGCGACUACGUCUUCAAGCAGGUGCAGGAGGCCAUCGGCGCCAUCUCCAGCGCUGCCCAGGCCGCCUCGCCCACCGACGAGAAGCACGGGCACGCCGGCAUCGGAGAGCUCGCCGCCGCCCUCAACGAGUUUGACGGACACGACCCUCAGGGACACGACCCUCAGGGACACAACCUCAGGGACACGACCCUCAGGGACACAACCUCAGGGACACGACCUCAGGGACACAACCUCAGGGACACGACCUCAGAGACACAACCUCAGGGACACGACCUCAGGGACACGACCUCAGGGACACGACCUCAGGGACACGACCUCAGGACACGACCUCAGAGACACGACCUCAGGGACACGACCUCAGGGACACGACCUCAGGGACACGACCUCAGGGACACGACCUCAGGGACACGACCUCAGGGACACGACCUCAGGGACAUGUCUCGUUUCUUCCUCCAGUCCACGUCUCCUCCUGCCACCCCCAAAUCUCUCAGGAGGUCCUCCCUGCUCCCAGUGACGGUGGCAGUAGAAGUCAAGUCAUCACAGGCUCAUACCAGACUGAUAGGAAUUGGAUAG